AUGACCACUGCUCAGCUCUCCCGAGACACCAGAACACUAAAGGCAUCUAAGAGCACAAUUUUCCCAUCCCAAAUCACUAAUGAGCAUGAGUCACUGGUAAUGGUGAAGAAACUUUUUGCUACUUCUAUCUCAUGUAUAACAUAUUUGAGGGGCCUGUUUCCAGAGAGCUCUUACAGAGAUCGCCAUUUAGAUGACCUCAGUUUAAAAAUUCUCCGGGAAGACAAAAAGUGUCCUGGGUCAUUACAUAUUAUUAAAUGGAUUCAAGGUUGUUUUGAUGCUUUGGAAAAGAGAUACCUUCACAUGGCAGUGCUAACACUGUACACAAAUCCUAAGGAACCUGAGAAAGUGACUGAGAUAUACCAAUUCAAAUUCAAAUACACAAAAAAUGGAACCACUAUGGACUUUGACAGUAGUAGUACAAGCUUUGAAAGUGGGACAAACAGUGAAGAUAUUAAGAAAGCCUGUUCCCUACUGAUCCGUCAAUUGUAUAUACUGAUGCAGAACCUUGGACCCCUUCCUAAUGAUGUUAUACUUACCAUGAAACUCCAUUAUUAUAAUUCAGUGACCCCAUAUGAUUACCAACCUCCUGGUUUUAAAGAAGGCGUGAACUCACAUUUCCUACUGUUUGAUGGGGAGCCUGUGAGCCUUCGAAUGGGUUCAGUCUCCUCUGGCUUUCACAGCAUGAAAGUAAAAGUCACAACUGAGGCCACGAGGAUGCUUGAUGGGGACAACAGUCCCGUUCCGGAGAAUGGCACUACUGAGAUAGCCCAUCAGGGUCUUGACUGUGAUGAGGAAGAAGAGGACAGCAGCAACCAAAUUCAAAGAAUGAAUUGUGUACACAUUGAGCCAAGUUUUGAAAGCUCCAGGAAGAAGAGGAAGAUCAGUGAGCCAGUGAAAGUCUUCAUCCAUAACAGAAAAUGA